AUGAUCGCUCCUUUGCGUACAAAUUCGGGAGCAGAACCAGCCACGACGUCGGAGUUUACCAUCCAUCCAUCUAUAUCGGCUUAUCAAAGAGCUCACCCGCGCAGGCCACUCAUAAACUUCGGUCCAUAUAUUCUCCUCCAGACUUUGGGCGAAGGGGAGUUUGGCAAGGUCAAGCUUGGGGUACACAAGGACUAUGGCGAGGAGGUUGCCGUCAAGCUAAUCCGAAGAGGAAGCGUAGAUAACGACACUCGGCUCACAAAGGUCGAAAGGGAGAUCGACGUGCUUAAAGCUGUGAAACACCCUAAUAUCGUAAGGCUGUUCGACGUGAUUGAGACAGAGAAGUAUAUUGGCAUCAUUUUGGAUUUCGCCAACGGCGGCGAACUGUUCGACCAUAUCUUGGCGCACCGCUAUCUCAAGGAGAAAGACGCAGCGAAACUCUUUGCGCAAUUGGUAUCCGGCGUGCACUACUUGCAUCAGAAAAAGAUCGUUCAUCGAGAUUUAAAGCUGGAAAACCUUCUGCUCGACAAGCAUCGAAAUGUCAUAAUCACCGAUUUCGGCUUCGCCAACCGCUUUGAGCACAAACAGGAUGACCUGAUGGCAACAUCCUGUGGGAGCCCGUGCUACGCUGCUCCGGAGUUAGUCAUCUCCGAGGGGCUUUACGUGGGAUCAGCCGUCGACAUCUGGUCAUGCGGAGUCAUCCUUUACGCUAUGCUUUCCGGAUAUCUUCCCUUCGAUGAUGAUCCGGCGAACCCGGAUGGAGAUAACAUCAAUCUCUUAUACCGCUACAUCGUCAAUACCCCGCUUACCUUUCCUGACUACCUUUCAAGCGGGGCAAGGGACCUUCUUUCUCGCAUGUUGGUUCCGGAUCCCUUGAAUCGUUGCGAUUUGGACUCUAUCAUGGCCCAUCCAUGGUUACAGGCAUACAGGCCUUUGUUCCAGCGUAGCGUAUGGGAGUUGGAAUCUAUUGCUCAAGAACAACAACACCACAAGCGCCUAUCAUCCCGAAAGGCUAUGCAGCUCCGCGUUCAGCAACAAGAGGAGACUCGCGUGGACCGCUUGGCCCGCCAGUACACAGACAGUAUGUCGACUUCUCUUUCCACCACGAACGACAACAUCGCAAAGCUUGCGCGGCAUCAAAGUGUUGCACCAGCUACUACACAAGUAAGUUGGAAGGAUGUUAUGAUGUUAUACCUCUAUAGCUGA